AUGGACAUGGACGAGACUGUCCUUCCGAACAAAACAGACGACCAACUGUCUGGCAGCAGUACACCCCCUCCAACACUGGUGUCGGCGGUUCCUUCACCCCCCCGGGACUCAUCAUCUGAGUCACCUGACUCAAUUGGACCAAUCAAACGGAGUUCUCCAAACUUGAGUUGCGCAGUAUGUGGGGACACCUCGAGCGGGAAACACUAUGGCAUCCUCGCUUGCAAUGGCUGCAGCGGGUUUUUUAAAAGAAGCGUCCGCAGAAAGUUGAUUUACAGGUGUCAGGCCGGCACGGGGGCAUGCACAGUUGACAAGGCACACAGAAACCAGUGUCAAGCAUGUCGUCUGAAAAAAUGUCUUCACAAAGGCAUGAACAAAGAUGCGGUUCAAAACGAGCGUCAGCCGCGCAGCACAGCACAGGUCCGCCAAGAAAUGCUGGACUCCGAGCUGGUGCAGUCUCUCACGCCAGGUGUCUCUGCUGUGUCCGCCACCCACCCAACGUUUUACGGGAGUCACCUAAGAGCAACAGAGGCCUCGUAUUUUCCUGGACUUGUUGCCGUGGAAGACGGCCAUACAAAAGGAAAGACCGAAAAGGACAAACACAUUGAAUCAGAUUCAAGAAAACCAGAAAAACGCGACCCAAAAGACAGUGAACGCCAAGAGUCCGAUGAUAGCCGUAGAUACCCGAGUAGUCCGCUGCCGUCGGAGUCGGAGACCAUGUACGAGCACGCUGCGCGCCUACUUUUCAUGGCUGUCAAGUGGUCAAAAAGCCUGCCAUCUUUCGCAAAUUUACCUUUCCGCGAUCAGGUCAUUCUGCUGGAGGAGACCUGGGGAGAGCUUUUUCUGUUGUGUGCUAUACAGUGGUCCAUGCCUCUCGAGUCGUCGCCCCUACUCUCCGCGACUGAGCAUGCGCAGACUGCCCAUGGCCGGUGUAACGUCACCGCCCUGGCUGAUAUACGGACCCUGCAAGAAAUUGUGGCAAGAUUCAAGGCAGUGCAAGUAGACCCGGCUGAGUUUGCUUGCCUGAAAGCGAUCAUUUUGUUUCGGCCAGAAACCAAGGGUCUCAAGGAUCCUCAGCAGGUAGAAAGUCUUCAGGAUCAGGCACAAGGGAUGUUAGGGCAACACACACGUGUUCACCGCCCCACGCAGCCAGUCAGAUUCGGCCGCCUACUGCUGAUGCUGCCGUUACUACGUCUUGUCACCUCGAGUCGAAUAGAAACCAUUUUCUUCAGUCACACCAUUGGCAACACACCGAUGGAGAAACUGCUUUGUGACAUGUAUAAAAGUUAA